ACAUGACACACACACUAAAGCUGCUCAGGAUAAAGAGUCUCAAGCAACAGUGCUCCCCGUUUAUUGACGCUGCCGGCGGCUUUUUUGGAAAGGAGUGUCGGACGCGGAUGUACUCUCAUAACAAAGAAGUUGCAGAUGCAUGUGCAGUUUCUCCAUCUAAGAGGGGAAGGACAGAAACAAAUCUUGCAGAAGAGAGACCUGUCCUCAGAUUCGCUAAGCUUUCCGAGCACGCCACGGCACCUUCCAGAGGAUCAGCAAAAGCUGCAGGAUAUGACCUCUACAGUGCUUAUGAUUAUUCCAUCGGUCCAAUGGAUAAGGCCAUUGUGAAGACAGACAUCCAGAUAGCAGUUCCACAUGGCUGCUAUGGUAGAGUGGCACCAAGGUCUGGACUGGCAGCAAAACACUUCAUUGAUGUUGGUGCUGGAGUUGUAGAUGAGGAUUAUAGAGGAAAUGUUGGAGUUGUUCUCUUUAACUUCAGCAAGGAGACAUUUGAAGUGAAAAAGGGUGACAGAGUUGCUCAGCUGGUGUGUGAGAGAAUCUGCUACCCAGAGUUGCAGGAGCAACAGACACUUGAUGAUACAGAGCGUGGUGAUGGAGGUUUUGGAUCAACUGGGCGCAACUGAAAGCUCCUUUUAUAUUUCUUGAAAAAUGUAUGUGUUGAGAAUUAAUUGUACUGUACUUAAUAAAGAUCUUUUUUUGUACUUUGGAGAGUUCUAUUUGUAUACUGUGACAUUCACACACAUUUUUAGUAAAUGUUGU